UGAAUAUAAUCUUUCAGUUAAAUAUGAGAAGAAAGCCCAGAGCCUUCAGGAACAGUCUAGACCGAUCAAUAAACUUCGAAAGUUUAGUCCCUCCAAAACCCCAACUGUCCACCUACAAAAGCAGUGUGUUUAAAAUCCCCCAAUCUCAGUUCAAAACCUUAAUUUCUUCUUCAGCUAAUGACCCUUCUUCUGCAGCGAAAGAAGGUGGCAGGACCUGAACCCAAAAGGAAAUGAGAGAGUCUAGUGACAGUUAUCUUAAAACUGUAAAUAUGCUCAGCGAUUCCACAAUGGAUCGAGAGAGCAUGUUUUAUCUUGCAAAAGAAAGUACUACCUUCACUACCAGUGUCAGAGAAGAAACUGAGAGAGGUAAAAGAAUCUCAAAGAGCAAAAGUAAAGCUCAGUUAUACACCCCAGGACUCAAGAUGCCUUUUAGCUCAAUUAAGCCAAUUACGCCUGUUUUGAAGGAGAAAAGUAAUAUAAGAGCUUCCUCAAAAAUUUCAGUGAAAGGUUCCAGAAAUAAAUCAAGAGGGAGUUACGAAAGUUUAAAAUGAUCGUUAAAGCCUAUAGACAAGGCGAAGACACUAAAAAUCCCAGGAAAAGAAACGGUAAAAAAGGAAAUAAAUGAGCAAAAGGUGUAUAAACCUGUGAUGCUCCAUCAUCAAACUAAUUUCCGCAAGAGAAGUCAGGGGUUGCUUACUGGAGUAAGACCUUCGCCAAUGAAAACUCAAGUGAAAGAGGUAAAAGUACUCCCAACUGAGACCAAAGUUGCGAACACUGAUGUGAAACAUGAGCAGAAACCAGAAGGAGUAACUAAAUUAUAAAGGUGAACCAGACACCUGAUCAAAUUUGACAUACUCCUAAAAACAAACCUAAGCGAAAGAGAAGUUUGAGAAAUAGCAUUACUGGAAUAGCUACGCAGUUUAAACCUUCCUUUAAGACAUUGUUUACACCAGUUCGGAAGGCUUCCAAGAAUAGGUACUCAAGCGGAGAUACCACACCUCAACAGAACUCUAUAAAUAAAGUACCAUCAUUUGAUAUUAACAAGAGUCAAACAAAGGACGAGAAGAAGCCGGCUCCUACAAUACGAAAAAAUCUCUGUGCUUCUGAGAAGAUUUCGAAGGUUCAGAAGAAGACCGGAUUCCAGGACUUCAGUGAUAAAAGUUUAUGUAUCAAGAAGGAAUCUACUCCUAAACCAAUGGCUUAUAUUGACAAGAUAAAAUGACAAUAUUUAAAGGACCAGCUAGAUACUCAUCAUGAAAACCCUCAACGAAUUGCUAGGAUUGAGCUUAUCAAAAAGAAAAAUGCCAGGAGUAAGGAAAACCUAAAAUCUUCCAAAACUAUACAUCCUGAAAUAAAGAUGGAUCUUGAUGCGAAAUUCAGGAAGGCAAGCACCAAGAAGCCACAAGAAGGGGAGGCCUCGACUUGUCAGAAAGUCUUGGAGAAGAUAAAUGAGAAUAUGGUGGCAAAAGAGCUCACCUAUCCUCUUAGCUGUAUCAAGGACACUAUAAAACAGGAUUCUAAUAUUAGUAAUAAACUUAAUGAGGAAGUUAUUAAAUUAGAGGGUUUCUAUCAACCAAAUGAAGAGCUGAUGCACUCUUUAAGCCAAGUAUCAACACCUCAAGAAUGAACUGAGAUUAUAGAGCCAUAUGACCUAGCACUUGAGAAGAAGGAUACUCUUGAUGAAAUAAAAAUAUUCAUGAGCAAGAUAGAGGAAUUCGAUGAUUCCCAAAGUGAUGAUAAUAAACUACUUUUUGACAAAAAAGAUUCUUACUCACCAGCAUUUCUUGAGAUCCUAAAUGGAGAUGUAAUAGAGGACUCCCCAACUCAUAAAAGACACCAGAGCAAGCCUGAGAGGUGAAGAGAAUCGGAAGAUAGCCAGGAUUUGUCAUGGAACAAGAUCACUAGUCAUUUGUUGCAAAACCAGACUUUGAGUGAUAGCUCAAAUGAGUCUAGCGAGAAUAUUUUAACUAGUAUUGAGGAUUUCUUGAAAGCAAAUAAAAAUAAAGAAAAAAAGAAGCCGAACUAUUGAAGAGAGGAGCAGAUCUUGAAAGACAAGGCUGUCAUUAGGAAUACCUCCUUUAAAGAUUCUCAUGAAAUGAAAAAUGCUAGUAAAGAAAAAGAAAUCCAACUUCUUGAAUCAAAAUAUUCAGAGAGUUCCGAUAUCUUCAACUUGAGUAAAUCAAGUAAAGGAAGAGAGAUAGAGUCAAUCAGGACCACUACUGAAGAGAUGAGUGAGAUUUUUAAGAGCGAUAUUAGCACUCUCAAGGAUUUUUCUAAUCUAUGAAGCUCCAAGACAACUUCUCUCAGCACAAGUAGCCACUUAAAACCUCGAAAACUCAGUGGAAUUAUCAACAAAACAGAAGGUAAUAUUUCUUCAAAUUCAGUCGGUUUGAACUGAAAUCCCCAUGCUGAGCCUAAAAGUGAGGUAGAUUUUCUAGUGUGCCUGAAGGCUGACAGAAAGCUUUCGAACCUGCGGUCUGCAGAUAGUGUCUAUGUCCUUAAUGAGAGGCAUGAAAGUAAAUCUAAUCUAUAAACCAUC